GCCAACUCUAAGGACAUGUUCAAUUGUGUAAUACACACAGAUGGCUUUGCUGUAACCUUUUUGUUUGUCCGUUCCCGUCAAGAAAAAAGUGCAACAGCUACACUCACUCUUGAGGAUUUUACUCCUGCUGCAAUCAACAAGUAUUUCAUGCCGAUAGCUGUAGAUCCAGGACGUAAUGAGAUAUUCACAGCUAUAGUUAGUUACAACACAGAUAUGCAUCAAAUUCGCACAUGUAGCACAGAGGAGCGCGCUCAAAUUUCUGGAUAUAACAGACGUGCAAGGGUCGUAGAUGAAAAGAAGGCUGCAACUGGCAUUAAAGAAAUUGAGACCAAUCUACCGACGUGCAGACUGUUCACUCCGAAAUACAAUAUAAGCUGUACCUUCCUUAUGUAUUGAGACAUAUCCAAAGCUUACAAGAAUUUUAUGGCUUCAACUCUGCCAAAUUCAUAUUUAACGACUAACAAAGCCAUCAAAGAGCUGACGAAGAGCUCGCUAGCAUGCUUCUGGGUGGGAGCAAAGAAUAUAACCCCAGAAAAAGAAAAAAAAACCAACAAGAAUAAACGGCGUAAAAGAAAGUUGCCGAGAGGAAGCAAGACAACGAAGAGUAAGGUGCAUGCAAGAAAAGCACAGAGGGCUGCAGAAAGGAAGGAACGACAAGAGAAGAAGUUAACGAU